UUUAUUUUUCUGCAGAUUUGGAAGUAGUUAAUUCUCUGAGCUAGGCAAAAGCUGUACUGCUGUCCUUCCCAAAAAUUGUAAAACCUUACCAAAAAGCUGUACUGAUGGUUUGACAUUGCUUGCUGUUCCUGUUCCUGUAGAUUUGUCCAGUGUUUUCUGUCAUCCCGAGGCUGAAGGAAAGGAAAAACUACAUCUUCUUGUAGGUAGGACAUAACUGUCGCUUGAUUUAAACGCCGUGUGCAAUGGCCGGAGUUGAUCACGAAGGCGAGAUGGCCGCGCUGCGGGAGGCUCUACGGCAGCAGAGUCUUGCCGUCGAGAUGCUCAAGGCCGAGCUGGAGGAGGAGAGGCAGGCGGCGUCCUCGGGGGCCGACGAGGCGCUGGCCAUGAUCCUGCGGCUUCAGGCGGAGAAGGCGGCGGUGCGGAUGGAGUUGGACCAGUUCCGGCGGGUGGCGGAGGAGAGGAUCCUGCACGAUGAAGACUCAAUGGCGUUCCUCAAGGCCGUCGUCUUCAGCCAGGAGAUGGACAUCAGCUCCCUCAAGAAGCGCCUGCUUGCCGUCUGCGUCAGCAACGACCAAUACGCAGCGGCCUCUGUCGGGGAUGGCGCCUUCGACCUCCCAUGGCUGAGGAGACUGGCCAGGAACGGCUUGAUGUCGGGGAGGAACGCCUCUCUCCCGGCGGCGCGGCUCGAGGAGUUGUGCUCAGAUCUCGGUGCCGCCGCCGGCGGCGAGUAUGGCGACACUAGACCGGCGAGGACGGUGUCGGAUAUAGGGGAGGUGAUACGGAGGGAAAAGGAGUGGGUGCGGUCCAACGUGAGCCACAAGGCGCCGCCGCGGCUGCACCGGUCGGCCUCUCACCACCUCCGGCGGGUGCCGAGCUACUCCGCGCAAUGUGGCAUGCCUUUUCCAGCAGUCAAUGUCCACGACAAGUUUGAAGCACCGGAGAGCGUUGCUUCCCACGCCCCUCCGAGAUAUAGCAGAAGGUCUUCGCCGGAGAUAAUCUCCGAGGAAGACGAACUGCUCUCGUCGUCCAGGCGGCGCGGUGAUCGAGACGGCGUCAAGCCUAGAAACGAGCACGCGACCAUUGCUGAAUUGGGAGCUGGCAUAGAGCAGAUGAAAUGCAGUGUAAAGAAUCUCGCGACCGAGCUCAGCAGAACGAGCGAAACCAGCCUGUCCAGAGGCGACGCGCAGACGCAAUUGCUGGCCGAGAUCUGCGCAAAGCUUGACGCCAUAAGCAAGCAUCAGAUCAAUGGUGUUCAUGGAGAUGGAGACAAGAGAAACACUAGCAGAGAGCAAGGCAGUUCUUCCAAGGGGGUGAAUCUGCCACAGAGUGAGCUUCUGAUGAACCAUUUCAUUGAGGUAUGUGCCAUCAUCUCCUCUGCUCUCCUUGCUAGGCCCUUGCUCGCAUCCAUGUCAUUCUUUAGGUGCGUCCUCAUUUUUGUCUUAGCUGUGGUGUUCACAAAAGCUCUGAUGAGUUCAUAUUCACAAUGAGUUUCUUUAGGUGCUUCCUCAUUUUUGUCUUAGACGCUAAAGUUAAUUCCCACCACUUCACAUUUUAGUCAGUUACAGUAUUGUACUAAUAAGAAAACAUCUCUCUGAGACAAUGCUGAAACAAGAAAUUAAUAUUCUUCAGCAUUGUUGUUAUUCGGUUCCUCGAUAAACAUUAUAUAGUAUUUUGCCAUGGUCAAUUUAUUUUUGGGACUGAAAUUUGUGUCUGAUGAUCUGAGGUGUUGUAAACUUGUAAUAGAGCAUGUUUCUAGGAAAAUAUUCUACUUCUUCUGACUAUUCAUUUCCGAGGAUAAUACUUGAUUCUAUUUUUUUAUCUAGAUUAAUCAAUGUAAAAGUCCUAUAUGUUUCUCUCUUUUAUUUUCCUGGAAAUGACAGUGCGCAAUGUGUGCUUUGUUAUACUACCUGAGCCCGAAUUGAAUCAAGAAGCACACAACUUUAUUUUUCCUUAUUCUUAACUUUUAUUUUGGUUGUCGUUUUUGUGGUCUUUUCGAUAAGUAUUUCUUAUCAAUUAUCUUAACAGGCAAUGAUGUACAUAGCGUGAGAUCUGAGAAGGGCAUUGCCAUUUUAUUGAUUGUGAAGAUUGGUGGAUUGAGUUAAGGAUUGUUGCUUUCUUUUUUGCUUCUUUAUCAUUCCCGGUGGCUUUUCUCCGCGAAGAUGAUAUGUACAUGCCAUGAGAGGUGGUGUAAUUAAUAUUGUGGUUUUCUCGUGUGCUGAUUUUGUUUAGCGACAUGGUGCAGUUGAUCUAAUCUUACCAAAUGAUACUUGUGUACAAGAAAAGUAAUAACUCAUCUAGCUAUUCCAUUGCGAUCUGGGCUUCCAAGAACAGCAUCUGGUCAUAUUUCUGUCAGGAAGAGAACUAUUAUGUCCUAAGGCGGUAAGGCCCCAUCCACUCAUCACUAUUACCUCAUGGCAGGAGAGAACAAGGUCUCCUUCCCUAUAUGUUGCUCCUAAUUAUUAUAUUUGAUGAGACGUGACAAUAGAUCAAGAUGAAAGUGGCA